GUGCGCCUCGCCGCCCGCUGCCACCAUGCCCAAGAAGAAGCCGCACCCGCUGGCGCGCCUGCGCUACUACGUCACGCUCGUUAUGAGCGUGGUGGCCAUCUUCUCGUUCUUCGCGCUGCUGUUUCUGGUACCGUUCGUGUUCGACCCGGCCAUCUCGACGCUUUCGGCCGACUUUCCGGAGGAGCCGGCGGCCUGCAAGCUGAGCCAGGUGCGCGUGGGUGAGCAGCUCUCGGCCUGCAACUGGACGUCCUGCAGCGAGGGCUGCACCGCCCCGCUCACCUACUGCGUCCAGCUGUGGACGAGCGUCUCAAGCGUGCCGUACCGCCAGUUUGUCGCCGACCCGGAAGGCUACGGCGAGCAGAUAUGGGCCGAUAGCGAAGCCCCGCUGCGCAUCAACAUCCAGGGCUGCGGCUACCCACCACAGCUCAACUGCACCGAGUUCUUCCGCAGCGUGCUCGGCGUGAAGAAAGUCAGCGCCGAGACGGUCAACGACACCAAGCUCCGGCUAGGCCCAUUCCCCUGCUAUCCGAGCGGCCAGCAGCAGGACCUGGUCAUAUUCCAGUACGACCACGGGCAGGUGAUGUACGCGCUGGUGAUGGCGGCCGUGGUGCCGUCGCUUGCGCUGCUCAUCUCCAUCGGCACGCUCCUGUACUGCCACUGCGACUGCUGCAAGCGCUCCUGCCCGCAAUUGCCCAUACCCGGCGAGGACGACAAACUGGCCAUGCUGCCGCCGGAAGUGACCGUCUCCAUGGCGACCGACAUCGACAUCAGCAAGUAGGAGCGGGUCGGAGCACUGCGGCGGCCCGGGCAGCACCAGCGGCCGACAGGCUGAGCAGCACCAGCGGCCGACCGGCUGACCAGCACCGGCAGUCGGACGCCUGGGGUCGGAUCGGUCUCCUCCGCCGCCCGCAGCGUCCGGAAAACUCGGUCGCGUUCACUGGCAACCUAUCUGUGAUGCAUCUGCACCCCGCCGCGCGACCUUCCUACAGUGCAUUUUGUGCCUUAGUUUGCGCGCCCUCGUGCCUCAUUUAAUGUUCGCGCGGGAUGGAGGAGUCCCCGGCAGACAGAGACUAGCCCUUUGAGCGGCGACGGCAGGCAGUACAAAGUCGACACUGGCGCCUCUGGUGGUCGUUGGAGACAACGUAUCGUUAGUUUUGCUAGCGCUAGGUUGUUUUAGCAUACCGUCGACGGUUUAGAAUGCGUUCGACCUUCCGGCAUUCGGGGCACGCCCACUAUAAUUGCGUGCACCGACUGGUCACGACUAACGCUGUUUCUGAUAGGUCGAAGUUCCGUUUCAGAAGCGAAGCUCGCCUUCAAAGCCGACAUCGGCCUCGCAAAUAACGCACAGCGCGCACUUCAUCGGCCCUUGGCCGGCCCCGUGUGUCACCCUGCUUGUACUCGGUGAUACGCGACGUUAUCAGGCAGACCUCUGCUUACAGCGCGUGGAGACGUGGAUCAUUCCAAGAAGCGUGUGCUCUUUCCUGCCCUCACGCUGAUGUCCACGGACAAAACGGGCCCAUAACAGCGCGGAGCAGGCAGGACGCGUACAGUAUUAGCGACCAACAGCGUCGGUGACAUACAGACACUGUGGUGUGCUGUGAACAGCCCACCGGUGGUAGUAAAAUGGAAAUCGCACUGCUUUAUUUGCACCUAAACUAUGUGGAUUGUUCAUCAGAAUAUUUAGAAGUUGAACUCAUGCAUGCCACUGGUAUCAGCAGAUCUAUGAGCUGCUGAACCGGAAUGCGGUCUUACGGUCAAUGGGAGGUAUGGCACACGUCUUUGUGAACUGUGAUACCCGCGCGCAAUGUACAUAAUAUUCUGUUUCCUGAAGUUCUCGCACGUACCCGCAUGCUCACUAGUCAUCUAAUGCGCUUUGAACGGGUUUCCUGUGAGCGAAGCCCGUCCUGUUUACGAUUCGCUUGUGAACGUCAGUUCGAUCAUGGCGUAAACUUUUUCAUCAAACGUCCGAAGGCAAUACGAUACCAACAGUACAUGAGCUGAAGAGU